AUGUCUGCAUACAAAGCCUUAUUAACUUCAACUUCAAGAGCUCGUUUAACCACUCACGCUGUGCGUUACCAACAAAAGACAACUGUCCGUCAUUAUAGUUCACCUUUCAAAGUGUUCAUUGAUACCGUCAAGGAGCAAAUGGCAAAGGGCAAGGAGGUCAAAAACUUGCAAGAUGAAGCUGGUAGAUUGAAUGACAGUGAGGCACUCAAGAAGGCAAAGGAGAUGUAUGAAAAGGCAAAGGCUCAACAAUCGGCUCAAUCUGAACGUCUAAAGCAAGCAACUGAGAAAUUCACAAAGGCUGCCGAGAAGGUGGGAUCUUCUGUGAACGAAUCCUUCAAAAAGGCAGCAGAAACUGAAUUCGCAAAGGAUACCUCAGAAAAGAUCAAAAAGGCAGCAGAGACAAUCAACAAAACUACUGAUCCCCUAAAGAAGAACGAAACAGUCGGCAAAAUUACUGAUUCUUUCAAGACAGUGUUGAAGGAUGACAGUGGUAGAUAUGGCGGUUUUGUUGACAAGGAGACUAGACGCAAGAUGCGUGAGGAGGCACAAAAGACAACAGAGAGUGCUACCAAGAACGUUGCUGAAAACCCUGAGGCUGGUGCCAACAUGGUGCUUCACAAAGAUUCCAAGUGGAAGGAGAGUUGGACCAAGUUCAAGGAAGAUAGUCCUAUCAUGCAAGGUAUCUUCCGUGCAAGAAGAAACUAUGAAGAAUCCGACAAUGUGUUUGUCUCUUAUUCCCGUGCUUUCACUGACCGUAUUUCAGAUACGUUUGGCUCUAUCUUUGAAGAGUCAGAUCAAGCACAAGCCAUUCGUGCUUUCCAAGCCAUUGAUCCUACAUUUAACAUGGACAAGUUCAUGACUGAUGCUCGUAAAUACAUUGUUCCUGAGCUCAUGGAAGCCUAUUUGAAGGGUGAUGUGGAGACAUUGAAAUUAUGGUGUUCUGAAGCAACAUACAAUGUUUUGACUGCUGUCAUUCAAGCACAAAUGCAACAAGGAUUAAUCAGUGAUUGCAAGAUUCAAGAUUUGCGUGAUAUUGAUUUGGUUGCUGCCAAGAUUUUAGAAAAUGACGUUCCUGUGUUGGUUUUGUCAUUCCGUACACAAGAGAUUAUCGUAUUCCGUAAUGCAAAGAGUGGCGAGAUUGUUUACGGAAAGGAAGAUCUCAUUGAGCAAGUGACCUACGCCUGUGUCCUCACCAAGGAACCCGAGGAUCUCAACAACCCUGUCACUGGUGGUUGGAGAAUCAUUGACAUGGCCAAGCACGAUUCCAGACCUGUUUGGUAA